AUGAGGCGAGCAAUUCAGAGGCGUGAAGUAAUUGUAAAUAAGCAGACGUUAACAAUUGCAUGUAUUUGUGCUUUUACGGCAUUGAGAAUGUUCUUUACAUUUUUCUUCUUCGUCACAAGUGUUAUUUGCAUCGUGAAAUCAGGAAGCCGCAUCGAAAAGUGCAAAGGCCAAGUCAGUUUUUCUCAGAAAACGAUCGAUGCUCUCGACACUACCAGCACUUUUAUCGAGACAACUUUUUCGUCGCUCUUGAUCUUUCUUCUCUAUCGCUGGAAAUGGUUUCACUUCAAAAAUUUCCUCAAGGCUCUGCCAAAACAGCGAAGUGCUUGGUCGUGGGCCAUGUUGUGGAUUUUGCGUAUUGUCACGAACGUUCUCAUCGAUAUUAUCCCGUCUGUUAAGAAUGGUAACUAUAUGCUGGUCGUGCUCGGCAUUUCAUUGAGCUUCGAAUUCUUUUCAACAACCAUUUUCGCCUGUGCGAUUCAGUUUGUCUUCCUCACCCAAGUCACAAGAUGGAUCAAUCUUUACUUCACGGAUGCCAAAUGCCGUUUCAUAUGGCUUUACCGGAUUGUCUUACUUACGUACGGCUUUCGACUGCUCUCACUAUUCCUGUACGAUUCUUUUUUGGUUGCCAGGCACAUCGUACGGGAAAGUGAAUAUAAGUCAUAUGACCAAAUUUUGCUGGUUUUGGAUGCUGGUUACAGAGGCAGUCUAUCGUAUUUCUUUUUCGGAAAAUUUUUUGAGUUUUCUAUCCCGGAAGAAGAGGAAGUUGUUCGGGAAGUUCAACUGGAAGAACCAAAUGAAGAGCGAGAAGCUGAAGGACGAGGAGAAAUCAGAGUUGACCCAGAAAAUGAUAGGGAACUCGAUUCCUUGGCAUUAUUAGGGGAAUCACUUCUGGCCUGA